AUCAACCACGACGUACGAUUCUGAUUGGGAGCUUGCAACGACAUGGGAGCAGGACAGUCAACUUCUCAGAGCCACGCCCCAUCUCGUGCUCUCCACGUUCUUCGCGUCACACCGUCUUCGCCAGCUUCGCACACGACCAUUGAGCCGUUCUUUGACUUUGUCGUCGGAUUUGAAGGCGAUUCUCUGUCUGCACAGAACAUCGAUGUUGCAGAGCUGGAGAGAAUAGUGGAGAGCCAUGAAGGCAGGACGCUCAACUUGUUAGUUUGGAACAGCAAAAGCCAGGAGACCCGAGUGGUUCCUAUUGUUCCGUCUCGUGCAUGGUCCCAGCAACAGUCACAACCAGAAGGCUCCCAUAUUCAACCUUCUCUGCUCGGACUCAGCAUGCGAAUAUGCGAGCCCGAAUUCGCCCUUGAUAACGUCUGGCACGUCCUCGAUGUCCUUGAAGGCAGUCCCGCGGAGAGCGCCGGCCUGGUUCCGUACGGCGAUUAUAUCACAGGCUGGUCUGGAGGCGUUCUUGGUGCCGAAAACGAUUUUUAUGAUUUAGUCGAAGCCCAUGUUGACAAGCCUUUGCGGGUCUAUGUGUACUCUCACGACUUUGAUGCUCUCAGGGAAGUCGUUCUUGUUCCUAACCGUCACUGGGGCGGUGACGGUCUCUUGGGUUGCGUGUUUGGUUACGGCCUUCUGCAUCGAAUACCACCGCAUUCUUCCGGCCAUGUGGCGACAACACCUCCUGAAAUCCAAGAAGACUACGAAGAUCAAACAUAUGGGCUGGGUAGAGCCACGGCAGGCUCAGUGGCGUCAGGAUCUGUUUCCGACUCAACCUUCGCAAGACCAUAUUCCUAAAACGAUUCCGACUAUAUUGGAGGAAUCCAGCCCCAAAUUUCCUUCUGAUACACCCCACGACCAUUCGUCCCCAACCCUGACUUCGGCAUCUACACAAGUUUCGACUUCUCCCAGCCACGCAAGGCAUGAAGUGUCACGGCCAUCUUUUGGAAACUUGAUUAAUGGUGAUUCACCAUCAAAAUCGUGAUGUUUCCUUGGAGCUCAAAUUAUCUACGAGAAAAGGUUCUGGAGUAGCACCUCAAACUCUCGCCUCUCGUUCAAGAUCACCUGCCCCAAAUUUAAAUCCGAGUAAUAAUUUCAACAGGACGUCCACAGAAGCUGGAUAUAGAUCCAGCACAGAUGAGAAUUCUCACGGUGAGGGAGACAGUGUUGCAGAUACAGAGACGACAUCACAGGGAAGUCUCACCAGUGUCGAUUAAAUUAACUUUUCUUUGGGUUGUGUGUGUACGAAUUUCAAGGACA